UUUAGAACAUUUUGUCCCAGUAGAAGCUUUAAUAGCGAAGGUAACGCCAUAUGUGAAUAUAAAGACGUCUCUGCAUGUUCAUAGAUAUUACAAAGGGAUAGCAUAUAAUUUUGGCUUGUUACAUAGAUAAUACAAGAACAUGUUGACAAAGGCAAGAGCCGUGUUUAAACCAUCUAUACGUCAUGCAUUACGAGUUGCAGUUGCGUCUGCGCACACUCUUCCAGAUUUGGCGUACGAUUACAACGCGUUAGAACCCACCAUCUCUGCAGAAAUCAUGCAGUUGCAUCACAGUAAACAUCAUCAGACAUACGUGAAUAACUUGAACGUGGCGGAGGAGCAACUGGCUGAGGCGCAAGAAAAAGGUGACGUUUCUAAAGUUAUUUCGCUUGCACCAGCAUUGAAGUUCAAUGGUGGUGGCCAUCUUAAUCACUCCAUCUUUUGGACAAAUCUCUCGCCUAAUGGAGGUGGCGAUCCCUCUGGGGAACUGCUGGAGGCGAUUAACCGUGAUUUCGGUUCAGUUGGAAACCUAAAAACCCGUCUUUCCGCAAUUACGGUCGCAGUUCAGGGUUCAGGCUGGGGAUGGCUGGGAUUCGAUAAGGUUAACAAAAGACUUUGCAUCGCAACAUGUCCAAAUCAGGAUCCGUUAGAAGCAACAACAGGCCUGGUUCCUUUAUUGGGCAUCGACGUGUGGGAGCAUGCUUACUACCUACAGUACAAGAACGUUCGACCUGAUUACGUGAAUGCUAUUUACAACAUCGUCGAUUGGAACAACGUUGCAGAGAGGUACGCUAAGGCGCAAUAAAAGGAGACGACCUUCAAACGUUGUGUAAAUAAAAAUAACUUCUUACUCUGACGAUUCUCUUCCAAAUCUAUAAAUUUAACCUAUUUCUUGAACUUAGAAUACGAUUUAAAAAAAUCAUCUAUUGAAAUGUAGAUGCAGCUGCAAUAGAUAGAAUAUUAUAUUACGCAAA